CCCAACAGAACCCUAAAGGAAUAGUAUGGUACGUAAUGACCUCCCCAGUCGUCGACCUCAGCGAUGGGCUGGUGAAGCAGCUCCUCCAGAAGUACAAGAACUUGAGACUCGUCACAGUGGACCUGGACGACGUUUUCGAGGGAACACCUUUGGAAGAAUUAUACAGGUCGGGCGCCUGGCACUCCAAUGCAACAAAAUGGCCGGCAGCUAAUUUGAGCAACAUGAUGCGCAAGGCUAUGGUUUGGCAUGCCGGAGGAUUCUACAGCGAUCUGGACGUGAUCUGCAUAUACCCCGUGACUGAACUGAGGAACGUGAUAGGAUUGGCCGAAUUCAAUCUCGUCAACGGCGCGAACUUCCACUUCGACCGACAUCAUCCUAUGUUGGAGAAAUUCAUGGUCUACCUGAAUGAACACUUCAACCCAUCUGUGUGGGGUAUGAACGGCCCUCGAACAGUCUCAGCAGUAUUAAGAUCCGUCUGCAAAGAGAACAUACUUCACCAAGGCCUUCAGUGUGAUGGUACCAAAAUCCUGCCCCACGCAGCAUUCAGCCCGAUCCAGCCUCAUCUGAAUCCCAUGUUUUUUCAGAAGACAGCAAUAAAAGACAUGCAUGAGAGAUUUCCAGGUUCCUACGUAAUUCACGUCUGGAACAGAAAUUCCCGCUUCUUGCCUGCUGUCAAGGAUGGCGGCACAAUAUACGACGAAGCUUCAAAGAGAUUCUGUCCUUUAAGCAGGGAGUUAGCUACAAGAAAUCGAAAAUCUACUGAAGGAGGGGUCUUUGAGGUGUGGGUGGGGAAACUGCAGUGGGAAGGCUCAACUAAGUCUAGUUGA